GAUAAGCAUGCCCUGUUCCCAUCGCCGGCAUGAUGCAUCAUUGACUGCAUUCCUCGGCCAACUCUGCUCUCGUUUCAGGGGGACGUCUGUUCUUCCGCACACCUCAGACAAAUCAGGUACCCGCAAUGGCAUUGCCCUCAGGACUGUGAUUGUUGAUCCGCAGCCACUUUUGAGGCCUUCAGGCGGAGUGCUGCGGGACAUCAGAGACAGCGUGCUUCAGGCGCUUGGGAUUGUUGGGGAGCAAACCAAUGGCGGCUUCCAUGAGCAGGUUCGCUCCUUUGAGCGGUGCCACACAGAUCCGCAGCAUUGUCUCUGAACCUCAAGCAAGAUCAAAAUGCACGUCAAGCUUCUUACAAAUUGACGGUGUUUGCAAUCUGCCAGCAUUGCAAGCGUCCCACUCCCCAGGACAGCGUCACAAACGAUCGGCGCUAAGAGCGAAGUCACAAGCGGGGCCACGAGCCGAUUGGAGAGCAGAAACCAAACGCAGAAGCCACAUCUGUCACCAAUGUCACCAGUCAUGCGCCCAGACUCAGUUUGGAACCGCCAGAGGCUAUCGAAGAUCCGCCGCUUUCACGACCAGGGCCAGUGCAGACGGGGCUGAAGGAGGGCCGACGUGGGAUCCACCUGGUGGCAAAAGGAAGGUGGUCGAGCAUGUGACGCUGUACCAGAUGCGGGGGGACCUGACAGAGGAGGCGGAGAAGGAGAUGCUGGACCACCUCUGGUCGCUGCAGUACAAGUUUCGGGAAAUGCUGGCGACCUCUGUAGGCCGUAUCUACUCAAAGCGGUCGGGUGGCUUCACCCACGCGCUCUAUGCGCGCUUUCCAAAUAUGGAGUCCGCUGAGAAUUAUGAGUACAGCCCUGCCAGCCUAGCCGUGUUGCAAAGUUACGUACAGCCCUUGUGCGAGGAUUCUUUGUCCGUGAGCUUCGAAGCGAACGUGGAGAACGACGUGGAAGCUAUUUUCCGACGAGGCGACCACUGGAACGAGGGCGUGGAGCACGUGGUGCUGCUCAAGGUGAAAGAAGGCACGCCGCAGGAGAGCGUGACGUCACUGCUGACGGACAUGGAGGACUUGCAGGCCGCGGCGGCGCCAAACGUCGUGCAGCUGACGAUCGGCUCAAACGUCUCCAGUCGAUCCAAAGGGUACACCCACGCUAUGGUUGUGCGCUGCCCGUCCGAGGACGAUCUCGCGGCUUAUAACAAGCAUCCAAAGCAUCGAGACAUCCUCCGCAAGAAAGUGUUGCCCAACUGCGGUUCACUGUUGGCCGUCGACUAUAGCAUUGAUCCCAUUGGAGAGCGCCUCAUGUAGAUUGCAACGCCAAAUUGCAACUGACCGGAAACUGACGGAGAUCUAGGCUUGACAGUCUGCUCGAAGUAUGGUGUCCUGCAAGGUAAUUAUGUGACCGCAGCCAUUCCGCCGAAGGGCACGCACGGUGAUACUGAUUCGCGGUGCUUCAGAGAUCUUGCGAAGACGGUGCUGAUCGAAGCAUGCACCGCUGGUUUUCCGACCCUAUACAAGGACAUUGCAAUGAAAGAGGAAGAGAUUGGUUGUCCCAAAUCGCUUGACAUGCAUCCGGGUACAUGUAGUCUCCACUGGCAGGCUUGCAUGCCAGGCAUACGCCGCUUGAUCUGAUUGCUUAGUACACCUUUAGAACGAAUCUUUGCCGUAUGCGUCGCCCGACGGUACUGAGGUCGAGAGUAGGCUAGCAUCCACUCCCACUCAUGCACAUGUGACAGUGACGUGCAUACACG